CGUAUGUUUUUCCCGGACAGGGAGCGCAAUUCAAAGGCAUGGGGAAGGAUUUGUAUGAUGCUUCAGCGCUUGGACAAGAACUUUUUCAAAAAGCCAAUGAAAUACUCGGUUUCGACAUUGCAGAUAUAAUGUUUAAUGGAACAGACGAAGAUUUAAAGAAAACCGAAGUUACACAACCGGCUGUAUUUAUUCAUUCGAAUACACCGCAAAUGGUGGCCGGUCAUUCGUUAGGCGAGUUCUCGGCUUUGGUGGCUAACGAAUGCUUGUCGUUUGAAGACGGUUUAAAAUUGGUUUCCUUACGGGCAAAAGCUAUGCAAAAAGCGUGUGACCUUCAGCCUUCAACAAUGGCUGCUGUUUUGCGUUAUCAGGAUGAAAAACAGAUUGAAACUAUUUGUGCUGAAAUUAAAGAAGAAGUUGUUGUGCCUGCUAACUAUAACUGUCCUGGGCAAUUGGUAAUUUCAGGUUCUGUUGCAGGUAUAGAUAUAGCCAUUGAUAAAUUAAAGGAAGCAGGUGUUGGUCGUGCUUUAAAAUUACAAGUAGGAGGGGCUUUUCAUUCACCAUUAAUGGCUCCUGCCCGGGAAGAGUUAGCGAAAGCAAUAACAGAUACAACGUUCAGUGCACCCAUUUGCCCUGUUUACCAAAAUUGUAAUGCAAAAGCUUCGUCUGUGGCGGCAACUAUAAAGCAAAACUUGAUUACACAGUUAACGGCUCCUGUGCUUUGGACACAACUUGUUCAACAGAUGGUAGCUGAUGGCGCUCAAGAAUUUAUUGAAUGUGGCCCCGGAAACGUACUUCAAGGACUGAUUACAAAGAUAGACGCGAGUGCGAUUACAUCAAAAUUG